CGAGUACAAUGAUUCUGUCAUCCGGAAUAAAACUAAACCUCACUCCAGUGAAAUCCACAGACAUACCUCCAGAGGACCAACUUAUCCAAGCAGCACGCGAAUUGGCUGAAGCUACAACAAAGUGGAAACACACGAAGGACUACGCUAAGGGCGUCGUUAAGGGCUAUUCAGCUCCCAAGCAAGCUGACGACGAGGAGCCGUGGUUUUGUCGAGUGAGCGAACAUGCUCCUGAAGAGAUCUCUUUCGACGAGUUCUGGUUUGCUUUGGGAACUAAUAAGCCGGAACAUGAACGGAAAUUUGUGCAUAACAUUGAUAACGUCGUACAACUGAAAAAGCUCUCCGACGAAGCGACGAUCUGGAACCUGCACUACAAGUUCGCUCCGCCGAUCAGUAACAGAUCAUUCACAGUCCUGCAAGUCAUACACUUGGACACUUCCGCACCAAAGAGGACUGGAAUUGUAGUAUCAAUUCCGAUUGACGUCUCAGGAGAUGAAGAGAUGUCCAAGGCCGAGUUGAAGGGAGCUCGUGGACGCUAUGUCUCCGUUGAGAGGCUCCUUGAAUUAGAGAAUGGAAAGACUGAAUGGAGGAUGGCCACAUCGAGUACGCCAGGAGGUAGUAUCCCGAGUUUCAUCGCUCAGGCAAGCGUGCCAGGUCAAGUCGCCAACGACGUACCACUCUUUUUCAAAUGGUAUAACUCAGAUAAGGAAUACUUCAAGAAAGGGAUCCAGAAGGAUGAGCCAGCUCAGAAUGCUGCACCAACCGAGCCUACAGCGUCAUCGUAGUUUUGUGUACUACAACCACUAUUAUUCGCGCCUUUACACUUUGAAUUCACUUGAAAACAUG